UAUUAGUCUUGUCUGUCUCUGCUUCCAACCUAGAAUCCUAGAUUCCUAUGCUUGCUCUUAAUUUUAAUUUUAACGAUAAAAAAAGUUUACAAAUAUUUAUCAUUGACUGGUGGUUAAAUGCUUUUUAAUGUAGAACACCUAGUAACGAAAUUUCAUUUCGUCAUCUGUCUCGUUCUGAAAUUAUAAUAUUUUAAAAGAAACAAUUAGUUCAUCUGGUAGGCCAUUUCAGAGAAGCUGUUGCUCUUUCAAUCAUGGAAAUGAGUCAUAGCUUGAUUCUCAAUGAGGAAGCCCUUUCCAAAAUACCUGAAGCAAAAAAAUCUCUGUUUGUGUAUGAAUGGCUACAGUUUCUAGAAAAUGUCUUAAUAGCAGCCCAAAAGAAUGACAUAAAAGAUUGCCAGAAAAAAAUUGUUGAACAAUUAAUGGCUCAAAUCCAUGCAAGCCCAGGACCACCUAUACGGCAGCUGAUUGGUCAAUGCUUAGCAACUCUUUUCAGUGUGGGGGAUGCUUUUCUUCUGUUUGAUACAAUCAAUAAGUUGAAUGACAUAUUAAAAAACCGAGAUGAUUCAGCAGGAUUUCUCAUGACUCGUUUGGCUUCUAUAACCACCCUGGGAUGUCUGUAUGAAAGACUUGGACGUAUGGCUGGUAGGUCCUAUGAUGAAUCUGUCCAAGUAUUGCUUAGAGGACUUAAAAACAGUGAAUCUCAAACUAGAGCAGAGAGUCUUGUCACCCUAGAAAAGUUGUGUUGUGGUAUGGGUUCAGCAGCCUCAAAUCAACAUCGUGAUAUCUUUAAAACUUGCAAGUUAUGUCUGUCCGAUAGAAACAUGAAUGUUCGAGCAGCAGCAGCCAAGUGCAUGUGGGAAGUCAUGAAGCAUUCAUCCAGUAUCCUACAGCUUACCGAAUUUGAAUCCAUAGCUGCUCUUAGCUUCCGUGCCCUUGAAGGCUCCAAUCAUGAGGUUCGAUGUGCCGUGGCCCUUUUGCUGGGUAAUGCCGCUGCAGCAGCUCUUACGCCACCAAAACCCGGCCCAGCAAGAACUAACUUAUCCGCUGCAUCAGCCAACCAGGCUGCGGCAUCAGCUGCAGCGAAGGUGGCAUCAGUAGAAGAAGUAUUGGGAGUAAUUUCGACGGGUUUUUUGCGUGGAGGUGGAGGCUUCCUAAAAGGAACUGGCGAAAUGAUUAAAGGACCAGCUGCCACCAGCCGAGAAGUUCGGGUUGGCGUAACGAUGAGCUAUGUCGUCAUGGUCCAGCAACUUGGUUCUGCUUGGCUGGAACGCCAUCUAAAUAUCAUUCUGCAACACUUGCUUGACCUAGCAGCCCAGCCGCGAGCUGCUCCCACUCACGUUGACGCUGUCUAUUCUCGUCAGUGUAUCACAUUUGUGUUUCGUUCACUGCUGGGAAAGAUGUUAGGAGAAAAGCAGCAAACCGCUGCAUGUAAAGAAUUUGCACGCAUAAUCAACCAUCAGAUGAAUAGCAUCGAUCCUAAUCCAGAAAAUGCCAAAGACAGUAGCACGCAGGAAACAAUAUUUAGUCAACAUCUUCUUGUAUGCGCGCUUCAGGAACUUGGCUCGCUUGUCCACAGUCAGGCCAGUUCUGCUUCUACCUUAUUGGCCGACCAGGGAGCCGGUGUGAUCGAUUGUGCUAUUGCUGUCUUGCUUCAUCCAUCGCAAGCUGCUCGUCUAGCAGCUGCCUGGAGUCUACAGUCUAUGGCAGUGGCCGUUCCUUCGCACCUUACACUACUCAUCGACAAAUGUGUUGAUGCCCUGGAAAAUCUCCGUAGCACUCCUGAAGCUGUCUCAGGUUAUAGCGGUGCUUUGGCUGCACUUAUAGCCGGAGUUUCGUCUACCACCCUAGGCAUUCCGCAUAACCGCGGAAAGAUUGUGUUUAACACUGCAGAGGAGCUUUUAAGAAGUGCGAGUCAAAACAACAGACUUGCGGUUCAGCGAACUCAGGCUGGUUGGUUACUUAUCGGUGCUGUCAUGACUUUGGGAGUUUCCGUAGUCAGCAGCCUUGUCCCUCGGAUGCUACUCCUUUGGCGCAAUAGUUUUCCACGUUCAGCCAAAGAGCUGGAAUCGGAGAAAGCCCGUGGCGAUGCCUUCACCUGGCAGGUUGCACUUGAAGGUCGUGCGGGUGCCUUAUCGUCAAUUUGUAGCUUCCUCCGACAUUGUCCGCAGUUGGCGACAUCUGAGGAUAUUACCAAGCGUCUAAUGGGCCCGCUUGAUGCUGCCAUCACCAUGCUAACAAGCAUUGCAUCUGUCGUCAAGACGUAUGGGCAGCCUCUUAAGGCAGCUUGCGCAAUGGUUCGUCUUCGUCUGUACGAUGCACUUUCCUUGGUUCCUCCGCAAUACUACGAAGCAAGCUACACCCAGCUUUUACGUUUGCUCGUUGCCGAGUUUACUUUGGCUGAAAAUCCAGCUAAUACAACCACAUCUUUGUUACAGCAACAGUGCCAACCUGAUGGCUCUGCAGUUUUAUUACACCCAGACUUGCAAGAUUCAGACUACAAUCUACUACAACAGCAGUUGUUACCCAACAGCGCCGCUGGUUCAGGAGCCCUUGAACACGAUCCAUGCUCACUUUACGUGUUAGUGACCGAUCGGUCACACGUAGUUGGAAGCGUUCCUGGGCCUCUUCCAUUAGGUGUAGCCGUCAUCGAUGCGUCAAUCACCCUCUUUGGGCACGUUUUCCCACGCGUGUUACACAAGCAUCGCCUUCAGCUCUUAGUUCACUUUGAAGAUAGCAUCAAACAGGCCAAAACACGACAAGCAGUUCAAACCAAUAUUUUUGCGAGUCUGCUCGCAGCACUGCGCAACGUAGCCGAAGCAAAAACUGGGCUCGGUCCUAACGGAGAGGAACUCCGAAAAGGCCUUUCCAAUCUCAUUCAAGCCGGUCUUAUCAAUCCCACUUGUCCCGCCCUACGUUGUGCUGCAGCUGAGGCUCUGGGUCGCUUGGCUCAGACAGGGUUAGACCCACGCUUCACAAGUGAGGCUAUCCAGACCAGCUUCGAAAAACUGAAGAACAGCCGAGACGCCGCUAGUAGGACAGGACAUAGCCUGGCGCUAGGAUGUUUACAUCGCUACGGUGGAGGCUUGGGGCUCGCCUCAUCACAGCAACUCAGUAGUAGUAUUUCUAUCUUGACAGCGCUCAGCCAAGAUACAUCGUCAGCAAUGGUACAGCAAUGGGCGCUACAUGCAUUGGCAUCGAUUGGAGAAGCCAGUGGCCCAGUUUUUCGUCCGUUUGCUGAUUCGUGUUCCAAUAUGGCAUUGCAAUUGUUGAUGACGGUACCUUCAACCAACGUCGAAGUGCUCAGGGCGGUAGGCCGUUGCUGUGCAGCAUUGGUUAGUGCUUUUGGUCCUGAAUUACAAGGAAAUAAUGGCAAUAUCAUUGCGGCACGUUCCUCUCUAUUGUCCGCAUGUGCUCUGUUACAGCAACACAGUAGUCCCGUAGUACAAUCCGAAGCCAUUUUUUGCCUACAGCAGAUGCACAUGUUUGCGCCGCGUCAUGUCAACCUUAGCAAACUUGUUCCUCUUCUUUGCCGUUCCAUUAGCAGCCAGCAUUUGGGUCUACGGCGUGCUGCCGUCUCUUGCCUGCGCCAGUUAGUUCAAAGGGAGGCCAGAGAAGUCUGUGAACAUGCCGCUGCGUACGUGACAGAAUCAAGCCGUGUGGUUCCCCUUUUCAACGGAUCAAAACAAGGACUACCCAUGGCGUUGCUUUUCCUUUUGGACAGCGAAGUUGACGUUAUGUUGCAGCGACAUCUUCGCGAUACAUUAAAUGGCCUACUCACUACCUUAGCCGAACAACAGCUCAGUUCUUGGCUCACGCUGUUUAAAGAAGUGUUGACAACAUCGCCUGAUACAGCUGCUGCUCCGGUUCCAUCCGGACAACAUGGGCCAUCAGGAUUAGGACUUAAAAGUGGAUCAUCGGCAGCUGAUACAGAUGGAGAUGGGGCGGCUGAUGACGAUGAAGAGGAGUUUCACGCUAACGGAGAUAGCCUUUCACCUACCCCUAGUAGUCGCCCAGCUGGCUUGCCCCCGCCGCGCUGGCCUACUAGGGUAUUUGCUGCUCAGUCAACCGGAAAAUUGUUGUUGCUCAUGCGAGAAAGUACGUCUACGGCUCAUUUUGACUUGUCAGCAGCCCGGCAGCUUAGCAGCGCGAAUGGUGCUGAUUACCUGGUUUUACACCUUUCGGAUUUGAUUCGGCUAGCGUUUAUUGCAGCCACAUCAGAUUGCGAUGCGCUUCGCAUGGAAGGUCUUCAUCUACUCCAGCUCCUCAUUGAAUGUUUCGCAAGCCAACAAGAGCCUGAAUUUCCCGGUCAUUCAAUCCUCGAACAAUAUCAAGCUCAAAUAAGUGCCGCCUUAAGACCAGCGUUCAGUGCAGACACAGCCCCAAAUGUCACUGCUGCCGCUUGCCAUGUUUGCAGUACGUGGAUGUGUUGCGGUGUUGCUCAAGAUCUAUCAGACCUUCGUCGCGUUCAACAGCUUCUUCUCUCAGCAUUAAAUCGUAUCACCGCUGCCCAGCAAUGUACUCUUCCCCCACUAAGUGGAAUUGGUGGACUUCAACAGCAUCGCUUGUAUAACGAAAGCGCUGCCACUCUUGAAAAUCUAUCGGUCCUGAAAGCUUGGGCUGAGGUCUACGUUUCUGCUAUGAAAGAUAGUAGAGUUGCCGAAGGUCGACAUCUGCUUUUACCGUUAGUAAAACCUGAAUUGGCCGGGUUAGCUCAGUUUUGGCUUGCAGCUCUUAAAGACCACGCUCUCCUGACGCUUCCUCCGGAGUUUGGCCCACAGUUGCCACCUGAAGGAGGAACGUUUUAUACCCACGAUGCAGCAGAUCUAUCACGACCUUAUUACAAGCUCAGCUGGCCACCCCUACUCCAGGCUGCGGCUCUUUGGUUGGGUCACGCCAAUAAUGCUGGUGAAACUAUUGAACCAGAUAAUGUCUACUCCAAUCACUUUUUCCUAGUAUUCGGGAUUGUGUUGGAAGCUCUGUGUGAUCUCAAAUCUACUGAACCAGAUUCCUCAACGGCGGCUUGUUUAUACGCGCUCCAAUCACUACUGCACUCUCCAAAAGCUCGUAACACGAUGACCUGUCAACCACCGCUAACAGUCGAGGUUUGCAACGUUCUGCAUCGAGUUGUGUUAACGAAAAAAGCACCAAUUCAACACCAAGCGUUUGAAGUAUUGUUGGCACUCGUGCAAGCCACUCACGAGCAAAUGAAUCGGUUGAGUGAUUCUGUCAGUGCAGGUGAAGGUGGCAGCGAAGGAGAGCUGUUACCGGGCACUUCAUUAGUUUUCGCGGCUCUUGAAGUCUGCCUAUGCCAACUCGUCCAAGUCUAUCCCAAUAUGGACCCCAGUGCCACAAGCAGCACAAAAAGUGUUAGAAGAAUAAUUGGCAUUGGCGGGAAAAUAGGGGAGGAAUUGGUGGCUGCUGCUCUAGACGUAAUGGGACUGCUUCCAUCUGUAUGUUCACCGCACGGAGCUCUCUCGCUCCUACCGGCGUUGUUGCAUCUAGUUACCAACAUCUUACAAGAGGCCAGAACACUAGAAUCGGCGGCCGUUCAGGCUGCAUUACGCUGUUUGAACACCUAUUGCAGUCAUCCUUUUUCGAAGCUACCGGAAACUGAAGGGCCAUAUGGCAAACUGCUUCAGAGCUGCGCUGCUCGUCUUCUAGAUUGGGGUAAAGCCGGUCAAGAAGAGGAUCGUUUAGAUCCUCUAGUGCUGUUGAGUGCUGUCUCUGGCAUGUUACUUAACGCCCCGUCUGGAUUACUAUCAUGUCCCGCUCUGUUAUAUCCUUCACUCAACGCUUUCCAGCAGUCACUACAGUCGGCCGACGCUAGACUGAGGCUGCACACCUUAGGACUAUUUGGUAAUUUACUUCAAGAUGCAAAUCGCCAGUUAACCUUGCAUCCUGAGAAUGCAAAGUCAAUUCUUCGACCGUUAACACCAUAUGUCCAUGCACUAGCACCAAAAAUUGUGGCCCAUUUAUGUAAUCCCACAUCUCGCCUCCUUAAUUCUCAACAACAAUUAUUGAUGACAAUUGAGUCAAUCACCUGUGUUGAAGCUCUAACGGCACUUGCAGAUGGCGAAAAUUCUCUUCUGGUUCUGCAACUUUUGGUUCCAAUUCUCAUAAAUUGCUUAUUGGAUCCGAUGCAAAUGAAAACGUCCAAUCCAUUGACCAAGACGUUGCACGCCCAUGCGUUACAAACUUUGACGCGGAUAGGCACCCAGUAUCCACAGGAGUUUAAAUCUCUAUUGAGUGUCUUGCCAGAAUUGAGAACAAAACUUGAAUCAGCUGCAAGAGCAAGCCAGAUGGGAGCUAUAAAUGCUAAACAGGGUGCGAUGAACACCACGACAGAAAUCAAGGCGGCUCCUACCAUUAAACUGAAAACUGAUUUCAGCAAUUUUAAUUAGUUUGUAAUUUGGCAGGCUAAUCGCCUGGUUUUGUGAUCAUAUUGUGUGACCUGCAAGUCCAUUGUAUGGAUUAAAGGAUUGUUUUAUGUGUUAGUUCUGGGUUUUCAAUAUAGCUUACGUGAAGUGUAACUCACAUAUGUUAAAACACACAGUAAUGAGGCAGUUGCAGUUUGUAUUUUACCAAGGUUCUUUCAAUGAAAAGAGUAAACAAUAAACCAUCCGAAACUAA